AUGAGAGAUGAGUUGAGUAAGAAGAAGGCAGGAAGCAAUCAAAAGAGUUAUCAUGGUGAUCGGUUUUCAAGUACAAAACCAUUGGUAUCAGUUAAGGGUGAUGAGAAGAAUCCAAAGAUGAGAGUAAAAGUGAAGAUGACGAAGGAAGAAGCUGCUCGAUUGCUUUCAAAGUGCAAAGAUGGAAGGAUUAUUGAAUUCAAAGAUGUUGCUUGUGAGCUUGUGAAACUCCCAAUGAAUCGUGUGACUGUUGUCUCUGCUUUCCCUGCUACUAAUUCAUUGCUUGAUAGUAUCCCAGAAGAGUGUUAG